UGAUCACCUGACUGGGGCUCAGUGAGUUCAGAGUUGUCUCGGUUGUCGGACGUUCUGGUGCUCGGUGUCUGUGCCUAACGCUGACAUCAUGGCCUAUCCCGGGCUGCUAGUGCCCAUCAUCGUCAUGACCGUGUUCUGGGGCUUCAUCGGAGCCGUGUUGCCUUGGUUUAUCCCCAAAGGACCCAACCGAGGGGUGAUUAACACGAUGCUGGUGACGUGCGCGGUCUGCUGCUAUCUGUUCUGGCUCAUUGCUAUACUGGCACAGUUGAAUCCACUGUUUGGCCCUCAGUUAAGCCCGGAAGUAAUUUAUUAUCUGAAAAACCACUGGCCUUAAACGAUCUGAAUGUUUUUUCCACCCCGCUGUGAAAAUGCCAGGACAGCAUGGAAAUAGAAUUUUGCCUUAAAUCUCCUGCUCUCGUUCCGAUCUGAACCAAGAUGCCUUAAUGUUUGUACUACGCGAAUAGCCUGCGGUGUCGUGCAUUCCUGUCCCAAGCACCACAUCUGCUCGCUCGGAAAACGCAGCUGUAUCUCAACACUUCGUUCCUCGGGACCUUUAUUCUGUUCGUAUGGGACGGCACCAAAUCCUUUUAAACCUUGGACUCCAUUCCAGGACACAAACGCUGCAUUCACCAGGGCAUGGAUUUACCAGUUUUGUCAUUUAUUUGUUUUAUUUUCAUGUUGCAAAGUAACUUUAAGUAAAGUCUGUACCAUCUGAUUGACAGGAUUUCUUGAUACCCUAUUUAUUUAAAUUUUAACCCCUGUCACCGUCACCGGACACAUUCCAUUUUUCUGCCCCUUCUUUCUCGGCGUGUGCCUUUUUAACCCUGCCCUUAGAAUGCGUGUUUGUUUUUAUGACAAUAAAAGAUGGUUCUAUGGAAAAAAACAAA